CUUAUUAGCCAUUUUACAGAUGAAGAAACGAGGCACAGAGAGGACAGGCAACUUGUGCAGCCACAGAGCUAGUGAGUUGUGUGGUUCCAGAACCCUGUUCUUGGUCGCGGUUCUUUAUUGUGUCUAAAAGAGGGAGGCGCUGAGGCCCAGGGAGGGGGAAGUGCAGGCCUGGGCCCUUGGCCAGGCAGCAGGGAUGGGGGCCUAGGCUUCUUAUCUACAGGCUCAGGGCUCUUCCCUCCUCAGCCCUCCCCUCUGUCCUCACCCAGCCUCCGCUCAGAGUUAACAGUUGCCUGGCCUCGCCCAGGCCUGCAGCUCCAGCCCAAAGAGGCCGUGUCCACAUUCCCUGGCUGCUGUCCAGCCCCCAGGAACUGAGACAACAAAGUUCAGCGGCUGGGAGGGCUGAGCAGAGGCCGCCGGAGGGGAGCAAGCAGCAGGAGCCACUGGGCAGAGGGGACUCUCCAGCUCCCAGAUGCUCGGGCUCCUGGGGAGCACGGCUCUCGCGGGCGUGAUCGCAGGCGCUGCCCUGGCCCUGCUGCUGCUGGUGCUGGUGGUGGCCGCCUGCCUGCACGGCGGACAGCAGGACCACGACGUGGAGAUGAACCGUCCGGCCGUCCGGAGAAACCGCGUGCGGCAGGCCCGGCCGUGGUUCUUCCCGGCCCGGGGCCGCCUGGGACACUUCCACCCCCACCCCCACCACCCCCACUACCCCGGCCACGCGCCUCACAUGCACCACGCGGGGCUGCACCACCAGCAUCUGCACCACCACCGCCCCCACCAGACCUACCUCCACACCCACCGAGGCCGCCGCUGACGCCCGUGGAGGGCGGCCCCUGCCUGUCCUCCCGUCGCCAGGAGGAGUGGACCCCAUGUUCCGGUGCAGAAGGGCACGGUCCUGCGUGGGCUUCGUUUGCAUCCGGCGCCCCAGGGAGCCGUGGAGCGGAGGACAGGACGGAGGAGCACCCGGGGCGGCCCUGCUCACGCUGCAGGGCGAGGAGGAGAUUUAUGGCAGGAUUCAAGGGCCCUCUGCCCUCAUAGAGCUGAGAACUCUCUAAGCCUUUAGGGCUCCCUGUCCCCAGCACAGAACUGGCCCACACAGCAGAUCCUCAGGAAGGAUUCUCUGGAGACUCUGG